GAGCGGAGCAUCAGCCGUGUCGUGUCGGUGAGGGAGAAAGUUCAGUCUCUCCCUUUACUCCCUCAUAUUUUCCCCGACACACUUUUAUUCAACUCCUCUGAGGAGCGAGCGGCCUCCGUCAACAGGCCGCCACUGUUGUUUUUAUUUAUUUGAUUGUUUUUAACCUUAUUUUGGACGCUCUUGGGAGAGAUUCCUACCCGGUGCGUUCAGGACAACUGGAGACUGGAGAGACUCGAGCAAGUUUCCACCCCCAUACACUCAGCGUGAGGAAUGAGAGGAAGAGAACUCACUCGCAUGUUUGAAUGAACAAAAGGCAGGAAAGCGAGGCUACUGGCGCCGAAAUGGAAGAAAACACAGAGCCAGGAGCUGCAUCUCCCCACUCAUAUCUGGAAAUAAACCCCACAAGGCCUGAACCAGAGGGGGAGAGCAGCCCCCUGAACACAGACAACUGCCAGAGAAUGGGGUCUCCAGCUAAGAAGGACGCAGGCCGAAGACUGACUACCCCCAGGAAAUCUGACAUCAUCGCUCGAUCACCUGGAUCACCUGCAUCACCUGCCCACAGGUCCAAACAAGACAUCAUGAAGUCAGAGGAGAGGCAGAAACUCGCCAAGGAGCGGAGGGAGGAAAAGGCCAGAUAUCUGGCCGCCAAAAAGACCCAAUGGCUGGAGAAAGAGGAGAGGGCACGGCAGCUGAGGGAGCAGCAGCUGGAGGAGCGCCGCAGGAAGCUCGAGGAGCAGCGGAUCAAGACGGAAAGGCGGCGAUCUGCCUUAGAGGAGCGACAGAAGCAGAAACUGGAGAAGAAUAAAGAACGCUAUGAGGCGGCCAUCCACAGGUCAACUAAGAAGACGUGGGCAGAGAUCCGCCAACAGAGAUGGUCAUGGGCUGGUGCACUGAGCCAGAACUCCAGCCAGAAAGAGGCCCGUAGCACCGCACUGAGUCCAUGGGAGAGCAGCAUUGUCGACCGGCUGAUGACACCGACGCUGUCUUUCCUUGCCAGAAGCCGCAGUGCCGCCAGCGUUCUCAGCAACAGCAAAGACGGCCACUCUCCUCUGUGCCCACGUUCGGCCUCUGCCAGUCCCCUCUCCGUCUGCGCCCACCAACCACACCACCGGUGCUCCGACCGCUGGAGGGUGACGUCCAGCACACCAGACAUAACCCAGCGCCAAGGCAGGCGUAGCUCCACACCGCUGGAUAAAAACAAGAAAGAAAAAAGAGACAAAGAACGGGAGAAUGAGAAGGAGAAAAGUGCCCUCACUAAAGAGAAGGUGCUGAAGAAGAGACAGUCUCUACCCAGUAUGAGACACAGACCUGAUCCAAGUCCCAGUCCUUUAUCAAGACAACGGCCAUCAUCCCCAGCCACACCCAAGGGGAGAACCGCCUCCCCCAGCCCAGCUGCCUCCCCAAAACCACCGUCUACACGCGGAAGUCCGUCGACUCCUAAGGCCCGGCCCAAAAGAGCCAGGACCCCUGCAAGAACCUCGUCCCCCGUUCCUCUGGAGAGACUGAGGGAGCCUCGCAGGCCCGUCACCCCUGAGGGGAGAAAGGGUUCCCCCGUGGCUCCUGCUAUAGUAUUAUCCUCAGCUGCUGCCUCACCCCGUGCGUCCAGCUCAGCAGUGACAACCGCAGUCACUUCCUCCUCACCUGAGCCGGUCCACUCGGCUCCUUCUGUUCCCGCAGUGUCACCAGCGCCCUCUCCGUCUGCCAAACCCAUGGCAGGCACCAACAACCCAGAGGAGGCCGCGCGCAUCCUGGCAGAGAAACGCCGGCAGGCCCGAGAGCAGAGGGAGCGGGAGGAGCAAGAGCGGCGUGAGCAGGAGGAGAAGGAGAGGGUCCUGAGAGAGGAGCGAAUAGCGAGGGAGGCAGAGGAGAGGCAACGCAGGGAGGAGGAGGCCCGUGCUAUGGCGGAGGAGCAGAAGAGGAGAGAUGAAGCCCAGCGACUCCAAGAGGAGAAGGAGGCUGAGGAGAGAGCCAAAGCUGAGCAAGAGGAGAACCUACGCCUGCAGAAACAGAAGGAAGAGGCCGAGGCUAAAGCACGGGAGGAGGCGGAGAAGCAGCGUCUGGAGAGGGAGAAGCACUUCCAGAAGGAGGAGCAGGAAAGGCUGGAGAGGAAAAGGCGUCUGGAUGAGAUCAUGAAGAGGACACGCAAGACAGAUGGAGGCGAGAAGAAAGAGACAAAGUCCCCCCCACUGGCACAUGUCAAUGACAAAGAAGCAGAAAGCAGCAAAGCAUCUGCUGACAACCAGCCAAAGCCAGAGGUCAAUGUGUCCAAUAACAAGCUAGAAAAUGGACAAACUGCUGUCAGAGAAAGCAGCCCGUCAGCACCAGUGGUCAACGGGGUUCAGCCUACGAGACACGAAAACGGCCUGUCCACUAAAGAAGACACUGCCCACUUUGCAGACAUCAUCCAUCUCACCAAUCAUGGCAUCACCACGAACGGAACACGGGACAAGUCAGAGACCAGCAUAACCGCGGAGCCCAUACUCACGUUUGACAGCGAGGAGUCGUUCAUGAAGAAGGCCGGACCCAUGAAGCCGCAGCAUGUUGCAGAGGUCCUGUGACAUGUUCCAGUGUUGAAGUGCUCGUCGCCUCAGGACCCCGACCUUCGUUGGCCUGAGGACCGAUCGUUCAACAACUCUCACCUGAGCUUGUGGGAGCAAAGCAGCGUCUGUGAAGAAGAAGUGAACUCUGGGAGACGACGACGACGACAACAAUGACCAAGCGACGCGACAACCAGACAGAAGAGGAUAAAAGGAGAGUGACAGGUGCAAAUUAUGUGACACUGACUCCAGACACUUCAUCACCCGACCGUGUCAUCCUUUGUACGUGACAGUACAGCUGUGUAAUUAUUAUGAGAAGCUGAAAAAAAAAAAGAAGCAUUCAAUGUCUUUCCUUCUUUAGUUAUUUAACUGAAAGAGAGACUUUAAAGACCGGGUACAUUUUGUUUUUGUGAAUAAUGUAAAUGAACUUUGUGCGAAAGAGUCUGAGGAUCAAAGCUGAAAGAAAGGGACGAGACCGAAGUCAAACUGUAAAAAGCGACGUUACGGAUUUUUGUAAAUUGAAACAGAGAAAUCUGGAGAGAGAGAGAGAGAGAGAGAGAGAGAAGUGAUGCAACGGCUUCUGUCUGUGUGAAAACUCCUGCUCACACCUAAACCCCAGCUGUGACUGAUUGUACGCAGAAUUGGAUGUAACAGCGAUCAUGCAACCAUGACAAUAAUAACCAUUAAAAAAUAAAGAUCAGAGGCCUUCUAAGGUCAGCUCCACCAGUGAACAGUUUUCACGUUUUCAAGCAUGACUCAGAUUCUCUCAGUAGCAGUGAGAUUUCAUGGACUCAUACUUAUUUGGUGCGUGUAAAUGCUAUAAAUAUAUUUUGAUGUGUGUUCUAAGGUCAGUGGGAGCAUCUUAAGUCUUAUUAAAGACGAUCUGUCCAGUC